AUGCAACACAGAUUAUCCCACGAACUAGAUAACUACCCUGAACCAGACGAUGCGGGCACAAUCAGAGUCACGGCAAGGAUCUUUGGCCAAGAUGAUAACUCGACGUUGACGACUCCGUUGCUUGCCAAGGACUUCAUAUAUGAUGAGAGCGACGAGUGUAAAAUCCUCCUAGACUUGAUUUUCUUCUUAGCUGAAGCCGGAAUCAACGUCGAUGAUAUGGGGAUUAUUGAGUAUUCUCCUGGAGCUGCUUGGAACAUUCGGUUGGAUCUCGUUCCCGAUUAUCUCGAUGAUGAUGAUGAUGACUUUGAGAUUGAAGAAGCUGUUCAAGUCUCGUUUGAUGACACCAGCCAUAUCCAAUUUCGACCAGCUAGCAAGCUCGUGGUCAAUUCGCUACCUAGGAAAAUAUACAACAAGGAGACUAAAAAGGAAGAGAACAAGAAGAUGAUUAGCUUAGAAGAGUGCAGAAUUUGUUUGCAAGAGUUUAGCAAUGGAGGAAUGGUUGUGAGUUUAUCUUGUGGACAUGAGUUUGACGAUGAGUGUAUCGUAAAGUGGUUCGAGACCAGUCAUGUUUGUCCAUUGUGUCGUCUCGAGUUGCCAUGUCAAGAUGAACUAUAG